UUAAUAUGAAGUACAUACCGCAGAGAUAAAGUAUGGCGGCGAGCCCGGAGUGGGGAAGUCAGUAUUUUCGCCAUUUACAACUAAAAGAUUUAGAUGAUUAUCUAUGUGAUCUUCCUGUUACUACAUUAGAUAGACUCUAUAACCAUCCAGCUACUUGUAUGACGGUUUUUAGGGAACUUCCUGAAUUAGCAAGACACUAUGUAUUGAGAACCCUUUUUACUGAUCAGCCUAUACCAGAAAGUCUUUUUACUACAUGGAUAAAAAAAGACUACUACAAUCAUCAUGUUGGGUCUGUCAAGAAACUUAAGGCACUGAGAAUAUGGAAAGAGACCACAGCAGGUGGACCAAAUAGAUGUGAAAUGAAUUCCACAUUUCAAUACAACCUUAAAAUGGCUAUCUGUGGAGGGGGAAGACCAUGGAUUGAUUCCGCAACAACUCUUGAACCUGACAAGAGGAAUAGAGAACCAGAUUUUCUAGAUAAAUAUGCUACUGAAAGAUGGGAGACAGUGCUGUACUUUAUGACUGGUUCUUAUGAUAACAGCGAAACAGGUGUAAGUCAAGAUGUCAUUAGGAUUCUCGUACUUAGUGGUCUCAUGAAAUG